AUGAGUUACAUGCUGGGACAUUUACAUAACGGCUGGCAAGUUGAUCAAGCCAUUCUAUCUGAAGAAGAUCGUGUUGUGGUUAUAAGAUUCGGUCACGAUUGGGAUCCAACGUGCAUGAAGAUGGAUGAGGUCCUCUACAGUAUCGCCGAGAAAGUCAAGAAUUUUGCUGUCAUUUAUCUUGUAGACAUAACUGAAGUACCAGAUUUCAACAAGAUGUAUGAAUUGUACGACCCUUGCACAGUGAUGUUCUUCUUCCGCAACAAACACAUAAUGAUUGAUUUGGGCACUGGUAACAACAACAAAAUCAACUGGCCUUUGGAGGAUAAGCAGGAGAUGAUUGACAUCAUAGAGACAGUGUACCGCGGUGCUCGCAAGGGACGGGUUUGCGUUGUCGAUGAGCCGACUUCGUCUCACGUAACAGACGCUCUAUUGAGAGUAACGAUGGACACAGUGUACCCGGCAACGGCGUCAGCAUUGGCGCGAGGCCGCCGCUUGCGCAGGACCGAGCCACGCCAACGUCACCGCACUACACCGGUCACUUUUGCUGAAAUUAAGGAGGUGGACGAAGAAGCGUGUGAAGUUGAAGCGUACGAAGAGCGCUGCGCAGGCUCCUCCGUGGGCGCCAAGAGACGCCCGGACGUGCUGGAGGAGCGGCUCGGUAGACAGUUCAUAGAGUUCCGGCGCCGGCGUGACCAUAAGCGCGAGGUGUUGCGGGAGCGGGAGCACGAGUCACCCCCGCCCUCCCCUCACCCUCCUGCAGCGGGCGCCCUGGCUCGCGCCGGCAGUGAGCCCACCGCCCUGCACCGCCGCGACCCUGCUACUGACACUUGA